AUGAGGAUGACGUUCCCAAAUAUCAAAUAUGGCCUGCUGGUAGGGAUUGGGGGCGGCGUACCGACAACAACGGAACAUGGAAUGAUCCGUCUAGGACAUGUGGUCGUUAGUGAACCAACUGGUGUACACUCUGGAGCAAUACAGCAUGAUCAUGGAAAGGCGAAAUCGGGUCACUUUGAACGCAAAGGUUUCCUCGCACCGCCGCCAACGGCCCUUCUUAACGCUGCGCGGGAAGUGGCUGUCCGGCGCCAACGGAUGGAUUAUGAUCCAAUUUGGAAGAAUAUGGAGCGAAUUCAAACCAGCCGUCGAGCGCUUCGUCGCUUUAAGUCUCCUGGCGCCGCGCAUGACCAUCUCUACCCAUCAAAUUACACACAUAGUCAGCAAGGACUAUCGUGUGAAGAAGGUGGAUGUGACCCGAGGCAGCGUAUCGAGCCGUCGACGGAUGAGGAAGAUGGCUCUUUUAUAUCCGUACACCGAGGUACAAUAGCAUCUGGGGAGUUAGUAGUAAAGGAUGCUGAGAUGAGGGAUGAUCUGGCGCAGGAGCAUGGGGUACUAUGCUUCGAAAUGGAGGCAGCAGGAGCCCUUACCGAUUCCCAUUGGCAUGGGUACGCAGCAGCAGUAGCGGCCGCUUUUGCACGGCAGUUAUUCUUUCACAUGUCCAUUGAAGAGGCGCAUCGGAAUCCGAGUCCAAGACCAACCACUUUCGAGCUUCCACUUAACCUGUCCGAGAUAUCCGAAGUGACCCGAUUCGUUGCACGAGAAGAUCAGCUUAAGAGAGUAGAAGAGAUUCUCGACACAACUAUUGGACGCCGUACUGCCGUGGUGCAUGGGUUGGGUGGUAUUGGAAAGACGCAGCUAGCAAUCGCGUAUGUCAAAAGGAAUCGGUCUCACUUUUCGGCCACUAUCUGGCUAAAUGCAAGAGAUGAAACAGCGCUGAAACAGAGCUUUGCUCGCGCAGCUGAAUGGAUUCUACGCCACUACCCGUCUCUUACAUACAUUGCAAGUGCUUUGGAGAACCGAGACUUGGACGAAACGGUGAAGGCGGUCAAACGAUGGUUGGACGAGCCGACGAACGAUCGCUGGUUAAUCGUCUAUGAUAACUAUGAUAAUCCGUUAUUCGGCAACAAUACGGAAAAAGGCCUUCGCCACGCUUCAUACGUCGAGGCAGAUACAGAUAAAGAUGACGACAAAGAUCUCACAAAAGCUUUUGAUCUUCGAAAGUUCCUGCCCGAGACCGACCAUGGUGCCAUUAUUGCGACCACGAGGUCCUCUAUGGUAAAAGUAGGUCAGCCUGUUCACCUACGCAAGCUAGAGAAUAUAAAUGAUAGCCUCGAGAUCCUGGCUUCUGUUUCUGGUCGUGAAGACUUAAGACAAGACCCCGUAGCCACUGAUCUUGCGAGGCGGCUCGAUGGACUUCCUCUCGCCCUCGCAACGGCUGGCGCAUACUUAGAGCAAGUCUCUAUAAGCUGUACCGAGUACCUCCAGCUAUACCGAGAAUCAUGGCAACAAUUGCAAAAAGAGACGCCCCAGCUGGCGGCAUACGAUCAAACAUUGUACUCAACCUGGAAUCUCUCGUACCAACACAUUCAGCAACAGAGUCCAAUUGCAGCUAUGCUUCUCCGACAAUGGGCAUAUUUUGCUAGUGAAGACUUGUGGUACGAGCUACUGAAAGAUAGCGGCCCGGACCAGCCUGAGUGGCUGAGCACACUGACAGAGAAUAAGCUCACUUUUCAUAAAAAUUUAAGACUACUGUGCAGCCACGGUCUUGUCGAAGCUGACGCGACUACCCCAUUACAGCAUGUGGAGUCACGAGGGUAUAGCGUACACGGCUGCGUUCAUUCAUGGAUGAUUAAUGUGUUAAACCAGGGGCUUGACAUGGGUAUGACCUGGAUAGCAGUCAAAUGUGUAGCGGUGCGUGUGCCUAGGCUAGACGAACAUGAGUUCUGGCUCCUAAUACGGCGACUUAUUGCACAUGCAGACAGAUGUUUGGAGACAAUAGAUAAUAUACAAGUUAAAGAGGAGGCUGCAGAGGCUAUGCAUUCUUUGGGUCUCCUCUACGCGCAUCAAGGCCGGCUCCAAGAGGCAGAGGCGAUGUACGAACGAGCGCUGAAAGGCAAGGAGAAGGCCUUGGGACAAGAACACACAUCGACGCUGAAAACCAUCAACAACCUCGGUGCUCUCUACGCGGAUCAAGACCGGCUCCAAGAGGCAGAGGCGAUGUUUCAACGAGCGCUAGAAGGCAGGGAGAAGGCGCAGGGACGAGAACACACAUCGACGCUGGAUACCAUCAAUAACCUUGGUAACCUCUAUAUGAAUCAAGGCCGGCUCCAAGAGGUAGAGACGAUGUAUAAGCGAGCGCUGGAAGGCUAUGAGAAAGCGUGGGGACGAGGACACAUAUCGACGCUGGAUACCAUCAACAACUUCGGUGCUCUCUACAUGAAUCAGGGCCGGCUCCAAGAGGCAGAGGCGAUGUACGAACGAGCGCUGGAAGGCUACGAGAAAGCGUGGGGACUAGAGCACACAUCGACGCUGGAUACCGUCAACAACCUUGGUAAUCUCUACAUGGAUCAAGGCCGGCUCCAAGAGGCAGAGGCGAUGUAUAAACGAGCGCUGGAAGGCUACGAGAAAGCGUGGGGACUAGAGCACACAUCGGCGCUGGAUACCGUCAACAACCUUGGUAAUCUCUACAUGAAUCAAGGCCGGCUCCAAGAGGCAGAGGCGAUGUACGAACGAGCGCUGGAAGGCUACGAGGCGGCUUAA